AUGGCAGCAGAUCCUCUGACCGCAGCUACCGUUGAUAGCCUGUUGAACCUUGACAACUCUGACUAUGAAGAUGGCUUCAACGACAGACCACCUCGGCGAGACCGUGAUGAUGAGCCAGUGUCGAGCCCCAAUUCCAAACGAAAAGCAAUAGACCCGCUCGACGCAACUCUGGGUUUGGAUGAAGAGGUCAAAAUCACCAAAAAAAGGAAACCCAUCUCAAAACUCGACGAAGCGAGACUCCUCUCGGCCCCAGGAAUUCCCAAGUUACGCGCCGAUGCUCGCUCUGGGAAGUUCUCGAAAAGGCUGCGGCUGAAGGGAAAGGGUCAUGAGUUCUCAGACGUCGCACGGCUGUUGAAUUACUACCAGCUAUGGCUCGAUAAUCUAUAUCCUCGAGCCAAGUUUGCGGAUGGACUACAACUGAUUGAGAAGGCCGGGCACAGUCGACGCAUGCAAGUUAUGAGGAAAGAGUGGAUUGAUGAGGGCAAGCCGGGAUACAUCAGAGAAAGGGAGUCGAAGAAGGCAGCAGAGAAAGAGAUGGAGGCAGAUAAGGAGACAGAUAAUCUGUUUGCGGCAGAUCAACUUUCUGCAGGCCAAGACGCUUCGAAUGCUGGCAUUGGCGCAGAGGAUGACUCUUUAUUCGUUCCAGACGUCCGCAACAAGGGCAAUGACGGGGACGAUGAUGGUGCUCUUCCAGAUGAUGACGAGCUUGAUGCUCUACUGGCCGAACAGGAGACACGUGGCACAGCGCGUCCCUUGUCCGUCUCGAAACCAAUAGACGACAACGAUUCCGAGGGCGACGAUGAUCUCGAUGCCUUACUAGCCGAGCAAGAAAUGAGGCGUGCACCUCCGCCUCAGCCAAUCUCCCAGUCAGCACCUACAUUUGCGCCCAAGCUAAAUCCCUCGCCCUUCAGCGGGAACGACGACGAUGAUGACGAUGACAUGGACGAUCUGGAUGCCUUGCUAGCAGAGCAAGAGGCACGGAUACAACCUAGCAUACAGGCGUCGACGACGCAGCACAAAGACCCUGCGACUUCUAGAGCCUCUGAGGGGAAUAUCGAUCAGGACGAUGACCUGGAUGCCUUGCUCGCCGAACAGGAAGCACGGCAACAUACCACCAACAGAGAACCCGCAGGAUCUCCACGCACGGUCAGAGCAGCGACUCCUCCGCGUUCUGAGGCGGCCGUUGGUGAUGAUGGACCGGAUGAAAGCCAUGGAGCGGACAUGUUCUCCUCUUCCCCUCUGCAAGGUACCGCACCAAUCGGUCUUGGACUUUCUCAGGGCCUUGCCGACCUGGACUCUGCUCCACCAAGAUCAAACCUCACCAGUGCCACUGCCCGGAUGCCAGAGACUGGGGAAUCCGCUAGUGGAGACGUCCCUGUCCCCCUCGAGGCGGACUUAUCCAGAGCUGCUGGUACCAGCAUCGAAGCAGUGGAGGAGGAAAAAGAAGAGUCUCAGGGUGUCGACGCCGGAGAUAUGUUCUCGUCGUCGCCUGUGCAAAACGAAUGA